UAUCUCUGCUGAAGGAGAACAAACUCUUCCAGUGAAAGAUAAUACAGUCGGGCUUUGUUAAUCACCUGUUCUUUAAGGAUUCCAUCCACCCCUCCCCCUCUCCCCUUCCCCCAUAGCUAUUGUGUACCUCUGUUGAAGGUGUAUCAUGAUGUGUUAAACUCUACUGGCUAUCUCUUUCCCGGAUAAAUGAUCAACUAAGCAAGAGGACAAGGGACCUCAUUGUGAUAAGGACACUCCUCGCGCCUCUAAGGCCAGGGAGAGACUGAACCAUCAACGGCCCUCACCACCCCCCACAUGUUGCUGCAUCAAACAAGAUGUUCAGGAUUGUUCUGCUUCAUUGAGGCAGAAAGACAGCGAAUUACCCUCGUCACGUAAACCUUUCUACCGCAAUUCGAUCCAUUCUCUGUUUAAAGUCACUCGCCGUUAGAAUUCCAAAAUACUUUCAACUCUCAUUUAAACUCUCAUCACUUGCUGAGCCGGAAGUUAGGCAGAAGCUACACCAAGGAAAGAAGCACCCAUCUCAAAUAUUACAAAUACUGUGGUGCAAUAAUGAGACUUAAUGGCUACAUCAACAACAGAACCAACCCUGUUUCCAUGGCAAUUAUCCAGCUGGCCCUCCUUGUUUCCACCGGCUUCAGUCAAGCACUGCAUCAAACUGUGAAUCCCUUGAUAGAGAACUCCCCGUUCACUGCUCUGUGGAAUGCACCCGUCGAACUAUGUGAGAGCAAGUUUGAUGUUGCGAUAGAUCUAAGCCUUUUUGAAGUCAUCGGUAGCCCUUUAGAAACAGCGACAGGACAGCCCAUCACGAUAUUCUACCACAAUAGGCUUGGUUAUUAUCCAUACUAUGACGAGGUAACUGGAGAGUCAUUCAAUGGUGGUAUCCCCCAGCUGGCACCCUUUGAUCUUCACUAUGCAAAGGCAGCUGAAGAUUUUCAGUAUUACAUUCCUUUAAAAGAGCUUCCUGGAAUUGCAAUAAUAAACUGGGAAAACUGGAGGCCUCAGUGGAUAAGAAACUGGGACCAGAAAGAUAUUUACAGGACAAAAUCAAUCGAGUUGGUUAAGCAACGAAACCAGUUGUUAAACAUGAGUGAGAUAAUUGCGAUUGCCAAGAAGCAAUUUGAAGAGCAGGCAAAGAACUUAAUGUUAAAAACUUUAAAAUUAGGCAAGUCAUUAAGACCGAAUCACUUCUGGGGAUAUUACUUGUACCCGGAGUGUUACAACUAUAACUACAAGGACAAUAAUAGUAACUACUCAGGGAGUUGUCCUGAUAUUGAAAUAGAUAGAAAUAAUGAGCUUCUCUGGCUGUGGAAUGAAAGCACAGCACUGUUUCCAUCCAUCUACCUGCAGACAAUGCUCCGAGCUUCAGUCAAUGCUGCUAAGUUUGUACGGCACCGGAUUCAGGAAGCAAAGCGAGUUGCAUUGCUUUCCAGUCAGGAGUAUUCACCACCUUUGUACAUCUACACGCGGCCCGUUUUCACCAAUGCUGCCAAUGAAUACCUAUCUGAGAUUGACCUUGUCCAUACCAUUGGGGAGAGUGCGGCUCUGGGAACAGCUGGGUUUGUGUUGUGGGGCAGUUUGAGUAUGACUAAAACAGAGAAUGUGUGUUUGGAGGUUGCCAACUAUGUAAAGGAAGUCUUGAAUCCUUAUAUUCUUAACGUGACAUCUGCGGCGAAGCUCUGCAGUAAAAUACUGUGUCAGAAGAAAGGACGAUGUGUGCGAAAGAACUGGGACUCCCCCGAUUAUCUGCACUUGAACCCUGCAAGCUUCAGAAUCAGUCAAAGUGACAAUGGAUACACAGUCAUGGGACGAGCUUCCUUUGAAGAUAUUCUCUUCUUGGCAGAAGCGUUUACUUGCCAGUGUUACGCAGGGCAGAAAUGUGAGCCUGCCAGUGAUAUUGUGAACCAUAUCACUGAAUUGGAUACCUGUGUUAAUCCUUAUAAUUGUAUCAACUUCAAUCCUUAUACAAAACCAUCCACCAAAUCAAACAUUAUUGAUCCAACUUCAAUCCAAGCAACCUCUGCGACCUUUUCCAAAAAUUCUGCUUCUUCUAUGUGUGUUCCUGUAUAUUCCUCUUCAGCUACUAUAAUUUUUAGUGUACUUUACAAAAUUCAUCAAAUGUGAUUUUGUUUUUAGAUGUGUGCUCAAUUCUGUUCAACUUUAAUUACUAAGCACCUCGAACUUGGAUUCUCACAUGGAAUGCUCGACUGUGACCUGUUAGAAUAGUUCAUUUAAUGUAUAAAUGUUAAUGUUCCUAUUCUUGGAUAUUACAGGAUAUCCUGUCCUUCAAAUGAUUGGUCAACUUGAUAACUCAGCCUUUUGAGUGUAUCACUCUGAAGUAAAGUGUUGCAUGUUUGUUUGCUUGU